AUGCAUAUCAAAAUGAUAAGUAAAAACCUUUUUGGGGCUUUUCUUUUUGCCACCACUUUCUUCUGGACUUCCCCUGAACUUGUUGUUGCUACACAUAAUGGAAGCAUUACAAGACACUACAAAUUCGAUAUAAAAUUGGCAAACGUUACGAGACUGUGUCACACGAAAAGCAUAGUUACUGUGAAUGGAAAGUUUCCGGGUCCUCGAAUUGUUGUAAGAGAAGGGGACAAAUUAUUGGUUAAGGUUGUUAAUCAUGUUCCAAACAAUAUCACUCUACAUUGGCAUGGAGUGAGACAGCUUGGUAGUGGUUGGUCGGAUGGUCCAUCAUACAUAACUCAAUGCCCCAUUAAAACAGGUCAGAGUUAUGUGUACAAUUUCACCAUUGUUGGACAAAGAGGAACUCUUUUCUGGCAUGCUCAUUUCUCAUGGUUAAGAGCUACUCUCUAUGGACCUCUCAUUCUUCUUCCAACUCACAAUCAAUCUUAUCCUUUUCAAAAACCCUACAAGGAACUCUCCAUCCUCUUUGGUGAGUGGUGGAAUGCAGAUCCUGAAGCUGUAAUUGCACAAGCUCUUCAGACAGGGGGUGGCCCAAAUGUUUCUGAUGCCUACACCAUUAAUGGCCUUCCUGGUCCUCUUUAUAAUUGCUCCAAAGAUACAUACAAAUUGAAGGUGAAACCAGGAAAAACAUAUUUACUACGAUUAAUCAACGCUGCGCUCAAUGAUGAACUAUUUUUCACAAUAGCAAAUCACACCUUAAUCGUGGUUGAAACAGACGCAUCUUACGUUAAACCAUUCGAAUCCGACACGAUUUUACUUGGACCAGGACAAACCACAAAUGUUCUAUUAAAAACAAAACCAGAUUACCCAAACUCCACUUUUUUCAUGCUAGCUAGACCAUAUUUCACUGGCAUGGGCACUUUCGACAAUUCCACAGCAGCUGGAAUUUUAGAAUACACUAAACCAUAUAAUAAUCAUACAAUUAUCACUAAUCUUCCAAUUAUAAAACCUUCCCUUCCAUCCAUCAAUGAUACUAAUUUUGUUGCUAAUUUCAGUAACAAAUUUCUUAGCUUAAAUAGUCCUAAAUACCCUGCAAAUGUGCCUAAAACUAUCGACAAAAACUUUUUCUUUACCGUCGGACUUGGAACUAGUCCAUGCCCGAAAAACCAAACAUGUCAAGGACCGAAUAAUAGUUCAAAAUUUGCAGCAUCAAUGAACAAUGAAUCAUUUUCUUUACCUUCUAUAGCACUUCUUCAACAACAUUAUUUCUCCGGACAAGCGAAUAAUGGUAGCUAUACCACCGAUUUUCCUGUCGUUCCUCUUCGGCCGUUUAACUAUACCGGAACUCCUCCGAAUAACACUAUGGUUAGCAAUGGAACAAAGACAGUGGUGAUACCUUAUAACACUAGAGUUCAGGUGGUGUUGCAGGAGACAAGUAUUUUGGGAGCUGAGAGCCAUCCUUUGCAUCUUCAUGGGUUUAACUUUUUUGUUGUUGGUCAAGGUUUUGGAAAUUUUAAUGAUAGUACUGAUCCUGCAAAGUUCAACCUUGUUGAUCCUGUUGAGAGGAAUACUGUUGCUGUGCCUUCUGGUGGUUGGCUUGCUAUACGGUUCCUUGCUGAUAAUCCAGGUGUUUGGUUGAUGCAUUGCCACCUUGAUGUGCACCUUAGUUGGGGAUUGAGGAUGGCUUGGAUUGUUAAGGAUGGAAAGCUUCCUAAUCAGAAAUUGCCUCCUCCUCCUAAAGAUCUUCCUAAAUGUUGA